UUGGACUCGAAUCGGUAAAAGCUGUUUUGAGGUGCACUGGUGACAUACACACCAUGUCUAGAAGAGGUGGUAGUCUCGAUACCUCUCAUAGUGAUAGCGAGGGAUCUCUAGAUUCUACGGCUAGAAGCAAAUGGCACCCUGAUACAGGUGAUUCGGAAGGUGGUCCAUCCCGAAUUCCUAAUAAUAGAAUUCCUCUGAACUUAGCAGAAUGGGUUCAUAAUAAGGAAAGCUUUGAGAGUAGCCAGAAUUUUGAAAGUGAGAGUAGCUCCAAUAUUCUGAAAACUGAAAUAGAUUUCCUUUUGAAACAAUCCGAAGAGUACCAUAGAGAACAUACGAGGAAGGCAAUUGCAAGGGGAGAUAUUCGUCUUAGGAAGGGGGUGAACGUUGUACGCCAUUUUCCUCCUGGAUGUGGAAGAAAUGCUGCACCGAUGAGUGUCGAGGAAAUUAGGAGAAGACAACAAGCUUGGAUUGAAAAGCAAAGAAAAAAAUCUCAGGAGGAGGAAAACCUAGAAGAGGAUCUUUAGGAGGACUCGGAGUAGAAUCUUUCGAUAAGAUCAUAUUAAGAUGAUGAUCCCAAGGACAUGUAAUAUUUUCGUAGGAUUUUACACUACCUUAACUCUAAGUAGAUGUUGUGUAAAAGAGAUAAUAAUUAUCUGUACAAAGAAGUAAAAAUAGUUUGGCUUUUAAAAGUAUAUGACUAGAAUGUAUUAUAAAA